AUGUCGUGUCGGAGUACACGCUCCCGAUCUACUAAGAUCACCUUAAAUGAGCCAGUAGAACAAACAAGAAAGAUCACAGAUGUUUUCAAGGUCACUAGAGGGCGAGGAAAGACACAAAAGAAAAUUCUUAGCGAUGGGUCUUCUGUGAAAUCUUCAAAGAUCACGCAAGAAACGAUUGUUGAUGUGCAGAAUACCGAGCCAACCAUAGUUCGUAGUGCGAGAAAAGUGCUUUUUAACAUUCCUGUUAGUAAUGAAGCAGUCAACCCACCAAAGCAUGAGACUGUGGAGGAAAACCAAGAUGAAAUUCAAACGAACCGAGAAAGUAAACCUGUUCCAGUCGAGAAAUCCAAAUCUGAACCUAAGGCAGAGGAAGUUGAAGCUGUCACUAUGAUGAAGUGCACUAGUGCUGAAAAGGAAAAGAAUGAUACAACAAAUCCCUUAUUGGCGAAAGCUGAAGAGUUAGGGGACAAACUCGCUUCCAUUGGAACACAAAAUAAACUUCGCAGCAAAGUGCGAACUGUAGCUGAACUGCAAGCCAUGCUUGCGGAGAAGGCGGGACUCCAAAAAUUGCAUGAGCAGUCGCAGAAGAACAAAUCCAAGCAGGUGGAGGAUCAUGUGCACCUGCUCAAAUCUCCUGUCAAGGCCGUACCAGCUGGUAAAGCUGUGGCCAAAAACAAAACAAGGCAUACGAAAGAACGGAGUAAGCAAUACCAGCCCUCCGUGUCCAAUGUACCCGAGUAUGUGCUUCCUACACAUGUCACACCUGCGAAGAAGGAAGCUGUGGAGGAAGAUGCGAUCGAAGAAAAAAGACAUGUCUUUGAGUAUGGCAAAGCAUCACGGCUCAUCGAGGAAGUGAAAAAUAACUCCACUCUGCCCCUGCCCUUACAGUAUGAGCGACUUUUGGAAAGCUUCCAAAGCUGUGAUCGGGUCGUUUCGAUAUACACAACGCAGGGACGAAGAUGUGUUGUUACUGAAAUACAAAAGAAUGUGGAAAAGAACACCCAGAUAAGUUUCACCCGGAAGAAUCUGGCUCAAAUCGUGCACGUGUAUCCAACGAGCUAUGACUUACGUCUGGAGAAACGCUGGAAUCCAUUUGGCGGCGAAUCAAAAUGUGGAAAAUUAGAUCUGGUUAUGUCUGCUAACCUUACCGAUGAUUUAACGGGAUACAUGCUACCUGAUACACCAGUGAAAGAAGAACACCCGCUACCCGGUGUUACUCCUAGUAAGCUCCUCUCACCUAGGAAGAAAGUUGUGAAUAUUGUUCCGAGAGAUCCUGUUCUUGAUGCUAGACCUCGUCUUGAAGGGUGGCGGAUGACUUGCCGCAGUCAUAUAUUCCGACACAAACUUGUAGAGAUUGCUAAACAUUUUCAUAAGAAAUUUAUGGAAAGGAUUGGCCUAUUUAUGAGCGAAUCUGAAUAUUCCAAGUUGAGACGAUUCCACCCGAAGUUUGACUUGGACACAGAAUGUGAGCGAAUACCAGAGGCGGAAAUUCCUGACGUACCUCAGGACCACGUUGAUCGCCAUCUCCAAAUGAAAGAUUAUCUAGCUACAGUGGACAACAGCGUGUCUCUGCCGAGCAGUGUUGAUGCUGUUUUGGAAGAGCUAAAAAGUCCGGUAAAGAAAGUUAUCAGCUCAGCAGCAGCCGUUCCUCUUUCUCCGCGCCAGUUCGCUGAAAAACAAGCAUCCAAGCCUAAAGGGGCUAUGUCUCUGCUUGAAAGAAUAAAAGCCAAAGAGGAGGCCAAGAAAGCUGCCGAAAGCUUACGCGACCCAGUCAUCGAUAGGAGGGUUGAGCUCUUGCAACGAAUUCUACAUGGGCUUCUGCGAUGC